UUUUCCUUUGCAGAGAAAUGGGAACAUCCACAGGACACUGAGGUUUUUGGAGCUUUGGACCUUGGAGGUGCCUCAACCCAAAUAACCUUCCAGCCUGGAAUCACCAUCGAGGACAAGAACACCUCCAUCUUCUACAGGCUGUACGGCACCAACUACUCACUCUACGCCCACAGCUACCUCUGCUACGGGCAGGCACAGGCCUUGAAGAUGCUGUUGGCAGCUCUCCACCAGGGCAGCCCAUCUGCCCAGCAGAUAUCACACCCCUGCUAUCCCAGGGGAUACCAGGAGAACAUCACCAUGGCAGACCUCUACAACAGUCCCUGUGUCCAUGCACCGAGCCCACCCAGCCCUACACAGGUCCUCACGGUGACGGGGACGGGAGAUCCAGUGCUGUGCAGCAUCUCCAUCCAGAAACUCUUCAACUUCAGCUGUGGGGCCAACAGGACGUGCGGGUUCAACGGGGUUUAUCAGCCGCCCGUGCGGGGCCAAUUCUUCGCCUUCGCUGGGUUCUACUACACCUUCCACUUCCUGAACCUGACCAGCCAGCAGUCUCUAAAUGACGUCAACUCCACAGUCCAGACUUUCUGCAAGAAGAACUGGGCAGAGCUGGUUGAGACCUUCCCUCAGGAGAAGGGGUACCUACACAGGUACUGCUCCACGGCCAUUUACAUCUUGACACUGCUGCUUGAUGGCUACAAGUUCAAUGAGCACACGUGGAGCAGCAUCCACUUCAGCCGGCAGGCAGCAAACACAGACAUUGGAUGGACACUGGGCUUCAUGCUGAACUUGACCAACAUGAUCCCCACGGAGGCUCUGGAACAUGUCAAGGGGCACCAACCCAGUCUGUGGGCAGGUGCUGUCUCUUUCAUUGUGCUGGCCAUGGUGGCAGGGCUGGUCGCCGUUUUCCUCCAGUGUUUCUGGAAAACCAAGUAG